AAUCGGUGACAUUUUAACCCCUGCGUCCGGACUCUCCAGUUUGCAGGAUGUUUUGCGCCUGAGCGCAGCAGGAUUAAAGAGUUUACUGGCCGCAGGUGGUCGAUAAAGAAGGGCGGAGAGGUUACUCCGGUUACUUUAUCAAAUGAAAAUGUCCUCACCAACGUCCAGACGGAAUAGUUGUCGUGGAGUUGCGUGUGGAAACCGGGCAUCAUCUGAUUGCCAUGUCCGGCGCCGGGGCUCCAGCUGUUCUUACUUCUCCUCUGGAGCGCAAACUGAAGACUUUUCCGUCAGUCUGAGCCAGCCGAUAUUCACCAUAACGCUCCGGUUCUUGUUGGCGAUAGAUCUGUGGCUGUCCAAGAGGCUCGGAGUGUGCGCCUGUGAGGAGUCUUCAUGGGGCAGCAUACGGCCCCUGGUGCGGCUGGUGGAGUUCUCUGGGCAUGUCAUCCCGUGGCUCGUCGGCACCGUGUACACUCUGCUGCGGGGAGAGAGUGCGGCGGAGCAGGAGAUCAUGCUGAACUUGGCCCUGGCUCUGUUGCUGGACCUGCUGCUGGUCAGAGCUGUGAAGACUCUGGUCAGACGUCGCAGGCCUGCCCAGAACCGCUCUGAAAUCCUCUCCGCCUUCUUUGUGGAACGCUACUCCUUCCCCUCGGGACACGCAACACGGGCGGCCAUGUGUGCCCGGUUCCUCCUUGCCCAGCAGGUGGACACAGCUUCCAUGCGGGUCCUGGUGGUGGGUUGGGCUACUCUGGUGAGCCUUUCCCGGCUGCUGCUUGCCAGACACUAUGUGACAGAUGUGGGCUUUGGCUUGGCUAUGGGUUACUGCCAAUAUAGUCUAGUGGAAAGGUUGUGGGUGACCUGGGACUGCCUGCAGGACCUACUGCUCAUGCGACUGAGAGAGAGACUCAACAAGGCUUAUAGUGGACUCUGGAUGGCAGAUUGGAAACGUUAGGCGUGGUGGAAGUGUGUGUGUGGGGAAAAUGUGUAGCAUGAGUGUGUGUAAUUCAGGAAUUCCCUGCUGUUAUAAAAAGGUGAAUUUGACUAUUUAUUGGAUUAUAUCAGAGUUACUUCAGUAUGCUUAUAAUUUGUUCUGUUUUUAUGUAUAUUUCUUUGUGUUCUUUUUAAUUUUUUGAGAGAAGAAUGAAGUGGAAAUAUUGAAACUGGAUGGCUUGGGUAGUUACUGAUGGAUCGUAGCAUAUCAGCUUGUUUGCACAAUGGUGCUGAUGAUGUAUGGACUUACUCUUACAAUGCUGAAACCAAAGCUGAAUUUAAAUAGAGCCUUUUUUUAGAAUAAAAAGCCAAGAUGAGUACCAUUUACAGAUGUAGAUUUAUAUCUUCAGACAGUGAGUACGUUUGUGAGUAAGUAUGAAAGCUGUAACUACUGUAUGAAAAUGCCACUGGCACCCUGCUUCCUGUUAAAGUGAGAUUUCAUAUAAGUAUGUGGUGGCACUAGUGGGGGGAAGUCAAUUCACACUUCACCCAAGUUUCCAUCAGCUGCUGCUGAGUCUCCUGACUGUCAUUAUAAUACAUCCCAUCUCCCGUUACAGUGUUGAUCUGUACAUACCAGUGCAAAUUCCACUCUAAACUAUACAAGUAUGUGGUGAUUUUUUUGUGGUUUUGCCUUUAAAUUGAUAAACCAGAGAGAGGACAUGUCAUUUUCCCAGUGGAUGAUUGAAGUGGAACAAAAUGUGUAUGCAUAAUGCAGAUGCAAACAGUUGUCCACAGAGGGCAGUGCAUAACAAGAAUAUGGUUGCCAAUGGCAACAUGAUGGAGCAGCAUGUUUUGUUUAAUGUGCCGCCUGUGAAUUGAUCUCAAUAUGUAGGUAGGUAAGCUUAUUGCUGCCACACAAAUAGUAUCUUAAGUUUUGUCCUGUUUUGGAGAAAACAUUUAGGAUCAAAGGUCAAGGGCUCUCUGGGUCACAUAUGCUUACAUAUUUAUAGUUCAGUAGCUUUCUUGCAUUUAGUAGACAUUGUUAGCUGCAGUUGGUGCAUUUGGCCCCCUCAGGUAGCCAAUUGAGACCAUAUUUAUUAAUAUAAUAAAACUAAUUUCCAUGGAACCUUUAUUAAAUCACACAAAGCGAACAUUUCAUACAUAGUAAAUAUAUUUACUAUAUAAACAGCAGGUAUAGAACAGGAAUCACUGCAUGAGGAGAAGAUACAAUGCAAACACUAAAUGCAGUGUGUACACAAAUGAUUGUUGCAAAGCCUUAAUUGCAGUAUUACAAUUCCUGAACGGUUCUUUUAGGACCUGUGUAUCAUUUAUGAAACACUGAAUCAAUUCAUCAGUUUAACUAAGUAAAGUAAAAGCAUUAGGUAAGAGGAUGAGCGUGGAGAAAUAAUGUUUUGGUGUUUUAUUUUGUAACAG